AUGACUGAUGAAGAUGAUGAUCUGUGUCCAGUUGAAUGCGUUAGAGAAUUUAAGACUGACGAGGAAUUGUUCAGAAUUCUCGAAACGGCCAAAAAAACCGGUUCUUUAGUCGUUGUAGAUUUUUAUCGCACAUCAUGUGGAAGCUGCAAGUACAUAGAACAGGGGUUUUCAAAGUUGUGCAAGGGGGCUGGCAAUGGAGAAGCCGGAGUGAUCUUCUUAAAGCAUAAUGUAAUUGAUGAGUACGAUGAACAAUCCGAGGUUGCAGAGCGACUUAGAAUUAAGACGGUGCCCCUCUUCCAUUUUUACAAAGAUGGGAUUCUCUUGGAGGCGUUCCCAACCAGAGACAAAGAGAGGAUUAAUGCAGCCAUUAGUAAAUACACAUCGCCGGCAUCUGAAGAAGAUGACGCUUGA